AAUGUCCUAUAGCUAUAUAGGCAAGUCCAAUCAAACUUAGCGAGUGAGCGUAGAGUUGAAUCAUUGCCCUAUUUCAGCGCGAGGUGCGAUAGUUCUUUACUUGAAUGAUAGUCUAUUCCUUGCUUAAUUAAUCAAGUAGCAGUUUUUAAUGGCUUCUGCAAAGAAACCGAAGGUAGAACCUUCAUGGAAAGACACUAUAUCGAAGAAAGGUGAAUUCAAACGCCGUGCAUCUGUGUUCCGAAACUGGAUAACUGCCGAUGGGGAAUAUCAGCCCGAGUUGGGACGCUACCAUCUCUAUGUCUCCCUCGCCUGUCCAUGGGCCCACCGUACACUCAUCUUCCGAAAACUAAAAGGACUAGAGGAUGUUAUUGGAGUCACUGUGGUAGACUGGUUUAUGGGAGAUAAAGGGUGGUUUUUCUCUGACGAUAAACCAAAGACAUCUCUCGAUACGGUUAACAAUUGUAAAUAUCUGAGGGAAGUUUAUGAAACAGCUAGUCCUGACUACUCUGGACGCAUCACAGUGCCAGUCCUUUGGGAUAAGAAAAACAAGACCAUAGUCAACAAUGAGUCUUCAGAAAUUAUACGCAUGCUCAACAAGGAAUUCAAUGUCUUUUCUGCCUCCAAGGAACAGCAAGCACUGGAUCUGUGCCCUCCAGAUCUGUUGAGAGACAUUGAUGAAGUCAACUCCUGGAUCUACGAAAACAUCAACAACGGCGUUUACCGAUGCGGGUUUGCAACAAGUCAGGAAGCUUACGAUGAAGCUGCCGUCAAGCUCUUUGCCGCCCUUGAUAGAGCCGAAGAAGUGCUGUCUAAAUCCCGAUACCUUUGUGGAGAUCGACUGACAGAAGCCGAUAUUCGACUCUUCACAACUCUCGUCAGGUUCGAUACGGUCUACGCCCAUCAUUUCAAGUGCAACAAGAAACGGAUCGUUGACUACCCAAAUCUUUGGGGUUUCACCAGGGAUAUCUUUCAGAUUCCAGGAGUAAGUGAGACUGUAGAUCAAGAACACAUCCAGAAGCACUACCAGGUGAGCCAUAAUAGCAUCAACCCACACCGCAUUGUGGCCAUCGGUCCAGACCUCGACUUCAACAGUCAACAUGGCAGAGAUGUCCAAUUCCAAAAAUAGGUCGAGCCCGUUUUCUCAAAGAUGUAGUUUUACUUCCAUUUCCAGUUUAUCAUUUUUCAAUAAUAUUUAUAUUUGUUGCGAUUACAAUAACUUCAAAUGUGCAGGAAACCAUUUCCAACAGAUUUGUUUUUCUUUGAACUUUGACUGUGAGCCCUACAUGCAUUUGAUCAUUAAUUUUUACAUACUGCUUGUAAAUAUAUGCCUAUAAUAUGCAUAUGAUAUAUAUCAGUGUGUGAUUUAUAUUUCUUUCAAAGUUUUGUUUCUAUUACUAUUUAAUUGAUUACAUAAUCGAACAAAAUACAUUCUAGGAUCACAAGGAACACCAAUUUGGAAUAUUCAAUAACCUAUUAUAUCUUCGAAUUUUCAAACACAUGUUGGGCUCUUAAAGUUUAUCAGCUGUACAAUAAUAGCUAUUACAAAAUUACAUGAAUGUUAAUGAAAUUCAAAACAUGCUCUAACAUUGUCAUUGUGAAUGGAAAAAAUAUUAGGCCUGAUUGUGUGCUUAUGAUUUUUUCUUAUAAAUGUUGCUUAAAGAUAAACUAGUUUGAAUAAGGUAUAUUAUGUUAAGACCAUGACCGGUAUAAAUUCCAAUUCUUAUACUAGUUUGCAUUUAUCCUGUUGAACGCUACUUGCAUAAUCAAUCGCAAUGCUGAAACAGUGUUACCAAAGCAAACUGAUAAAUUGUCUUGUCUGUUUGUUUGUUUGUUUGUUUUGUUUUACUUCUAUAACGUGAAAAUUGUUGUGGUUCUUUGCGUAUUUUGCAAGUCUGUUUAUACGGUGAAUGUAUUAAGAUAAUGUUCCUAGGCGUAAUAUUGUGUAUUGUGUGAUUUGCAUCACCCCAAAUCAGCAGCGGAGAUCGCAGCAUUCACACACCCGAUGACUCUGCAUUUUCAAAACUAUAUAGAGUGAAUCGUUACAUUAUCAGGUAAUGUAAACAAAACUUAUUUGUAGUACAUUCCAAUGAUACCACUAUAGCAAACGCGCACACAAUGGUAGUACAUGUAUGUUAUUGACUGGCAAGGGAGUCUUACAACGGUUACUUCUAUACUUAUUCUAAAGUGAUAUUAAAAGCGGGAUUAAAAGUUAAAAAUGUAGCUGAAAAAUUAAAUACCACUGUACACUGUCCUAUGUCAAGUGGUUAUAGUAUUGAAGUGAUAACAAAUAUAUUAAAAGCCCAUGCCAUUCUCUCAUUUGUUGAAAAUAUUCAAAAGCAAAUUAAACCCUAUUUUUAGAACUGUUUUUUUAGCUAGAGAACUUUAUAUCUAUUCAUUUAUAUAAUCAUUCAUUCAUCUACAUUUAUUCGUUACUUUGUUAGUAAGUUGUUUAGUUAGUUAUUCAUUCAAAUAUGAAUUCAUUUAGUUAGUUAUUUGCAUAUGUAUUUACGGAGAUAUAUACACACACACACACACAUCAUUAUGUUUAACUAACACUACCACCCCCCCCCCCCCUCUCUCUCUCUCUCUCUCUCAUUCCAUCUAAUGCUCAUAUCAUAUUAUCUUCUAUCGCUUCUACCUAAAUGUUUUCUUCGAUCUCAAUUUCUCUUAAAUAUUUUCACUGGCCGAUUUACUCUGAGGUUAUGCGGUUCACCCCCUCA